AGAGAAACCGAGCAAUAAUUUUUAUAAUUUAUUUUUUUAUUUUUUAUUUUUUAUCGGAGCCGUUCUGGUUAACGUCGGAAGAAUUAUCAAGGUUUAUGAAUUUUUUCCUUCUUUCUCCAAUCUAAAACAUAAAAGUAACUUAAAAUUAAAGCGAGGAUUAAAUACGAAGAUGUGAAGAAAAGUGAAAUUUUUAAUUAACCAGGUGUGCAUACUCACCUAUCUCAAAAACAUCUACUAUAGUCUGUGCUGUAAAAGACUAGACGCAAGUCAGCCUGAGCAGGAAGGGUCUAUGUCAGAUGAAAGGAACAGAAGAAGGCAUGUGAUUAACAUAUGUAAAUGAUUCCGGAAGUGAUAUAAAGUAAUUUCAUAUAAAUCAUGUAAUUAUGAGUGAUGCUGACGUAAAAUCUGUUUCCAGCCAUCAUUCUCAUUCUCCUUCCAAAAUGGAUGUGGUGUGCCUGCUUGAUUUGGUUAUUACUGAAAAUUUGAAACAACGUCAAGCAGCAUAUGAAGAAAUUCAGAAAGUGUGCCAUGCGAUCGGAGCUUCAUUACAGCAUAUUCAAUAUCAAAAAUUGGAAUUUUGUGAAGGAAAUGUGUUAGAUUUAUUUUAUAAUGCUGAUGUACUGAUUGUUGAUAUUUCAAUUACGGAUCAGAAAAGUUCCUUAAUCUAUCACUUGGGAGUUCGAGAGAGUUUUAAUAUGACACAGAAUAUUUUGCUUUAUAAUGAUAUUGAUUCAACUUCAUCUCUUUCUCUUAAAGCAAAUUUGCCUUUGUCAUGCCAGAACUAUACACUAAUAACAUAUAAAUUGAAUGAUCUUGGCAUGUGCGUAGUAACUGAUCCAGCUGGAUUACGAUUGGUUCCGGAUGAUGUACUCGAAUCAAAACAACAUUUGAGUUGCAAACUGAAGAAAUUAUUACAAGAAGUUGAACUACAGUCAAAAGCUCACAUGAAAGAAAAGUUUAUUUCUGAUUUAAGAUCUAUAAAGAAAAAUUUCACUGGAGAAGAAUUAGCUCAGGAAUUACAGAAAAUGAGAAAACGACUUGAUGACCCCAAUAUUAUCUCUGGAGAAGUUGUAACAAAUAUGUUGCUUUUAUACAGAGAUAUACAGGACUAUGAUGCAAUGGUUACCCUCGUUGAUGAACUGCAAACAAUUCCAAAUAUAAAGUUUACUUUCACAUUGCAUAUACAAUUUCAUUAUGCAUUUGCUCUUAACAGGAGGAAAAAAGAAGGUGAUCAAGAAAAAGCUUUAGAUGUUAUUUCUAAAGUGUUGACCAAAAAAGAAAAUCAUCUUCCUGAUAUUUUAUGCCUUUGCGGUCGUAUUUAUAAAGAUAAAUUUGUAGAUUCAGAUUAUUCGGAUAAAGAAAGCUUGGAAAAUGCAAUAUAUUGGUACCGUAAAGGAUUUGAAGUCAAACCAAAUGAAUAUGCAGGAGUAAAUUUAGCUACAUUAUUGGUUGUUGCUGGAAACGAUCUCUCUAAUUCUAUAGAACUGCAACAGAUUGGAAUGAUGUUGAAUCAUUUGAUCGGUCGUAAAGGUAGCUUAUCAUCUUUACAAGAUUACUGGGAUGUAGCUACAUUUUUUGAAAUCAGUGUAUUAGCUGAAGAGUACGUGAAAGCAAUUCAAGCUGCAGAGUGCAUGUUUAAAUUGAAACCACCAAAUUGGUAUUUAUACAAAAGAGAUGAAAGAUGUUUGUUUCUUUAUGUUCAUCAAAAUUCGGAUGAUUUUCAAAUGUUCUUUCCUUCCGAGCUGUUGAGAAAUAAAUUUCACAAACUUUUAUUAGAAAUGACGGCUGACCAAGAAGGAAUGGUUACAGAUUUAGAUACAGAUAUUACCAAUGGUCCUAUACAGUUUGAAUAUGAGGUAGAUGAACAAAAUAAGAAGAUUUUGUUAGGAAAGGGAACUUAUGGUUCAGUUUAUGCAGCUCGUGAUCUUAAUACUCAAAUAAAAGUUGCUGUAAAGGAAAUUUUAGAGAAAAAUAUCGGAGUUGUGCAGCCAUUACAUGAAGAAAUAAAGCUUCAUUCUCAACUUAGGCAUCGAAACAUUGUUCAAUAUUUAGGAUCAGUUAGUGAAGAUGGUUACUUUAAGAUCUUCAUGGAACAAGUUCCAGGAGGUAGUUUAUCCCAAUUAUUACGUUCAAAGUGGGGGCCAUUAAAAGAUAACGAAGCUACAAUUGCAUUCUACACAAAACAGAUACUCGAAGGAUUAAAAUACUUACAUGAUCAAAAAAUAGUUCAUCGAGAUAUUAAAGGUGAUAACGUUUUAGUGAAUACAUAUAGUGGAAUUGUAAAAAUAUCAGAUUUUGGAACGUCAAAACGACUCGUAGGGGUUAACCGGGCAACUGAAACUUUUACAGGUACCUUACAGUACAUGGCACCUGAAGUGAUAGAUAAAGGAUUUAGAGGUUACGGAGCACCUGCAGACAUAUGGUCUUUGGGUUGCACUAUUGUUGAAAUGGCUACGGGUAAACCUCCAUUUGUAGAACUCGGCUCUGCGGAAGCUGCCAUGUUUAAAGUCGGUUACUUCAAGCAACAUCCGGAAAUCCCCGAGAGCAUGUCUGACAAGGCAAAGCAGUUCAUUCUUCGGUGUUUUGAACCGGAUCCUGACAAGAGAGCGACUGCAGCAGAAUUAUUAGAAGAACCAUUUUUAGUAGAUGUGGGACGAAAAAAGAAAGCUCAUCGUCCUCUAGGACCAGAUUUUCCAAGAAGCAUUUCAGUACCUGCAGAAAGAAAUUUCCGACUGGAGAAACCCGAUCGGGUUGGGAGAUUUGCCAGUACGGGAGACGAAGGCUCAUCACUGUUCAUGUGUAAGACGAGUCCGUCCGAUUCUCUCCCACGAACCCCGACUUCGUUCUCUUUCAGUUCUGAAGGUUCUGACUGUACGAUCAACGGAAGCAUGAGGAGAUCCAGCUCCGGGAUGCUCAGUCCUCCUGUUGAUGGGCCGCAGACGGAACAGGACCAGGGUGGUUUCUACAUGUUGAAAAAGGACUCUCAACGUAGAAUUACACUCAUAAAAGUCUUAACAGACCACGUGGAAAGGAUUUGUGAUAUUUGGAUGAAAUCAUUAGUUUCACACAUCCCAAAUGUAUCUCUGACAGUAGACAAUCUUCAUGUAUUAAUUAAUGGACUAAGAGAUUUUAUUCCGGAACAGAAUAAAGCAUCGAUACAGCAAGCCAUUAAUCAUUUGAAAGACAUUUUGGAAUUUGAUAAAAACACAAUUCAUCAGAUUCAACUCUCUCUCUAUCUGUUUAAUGAAGCAGUCAAUAAUGUACUCAGAGAUCAAAGCAUAAAACCUCAUUGGAUAUUUGCUUUAGAUAGUUUAAUAAGGACGGCAGUUAAGACGGCGAUUAUUGUUCUCUCACCUGAAUUAGGUCAGGAUUUUGAUGAUCAUGAACAUGAUGAUCCAGAACACGAGGAAGGUUCUACUUCAGGAGUUUCCUCUACUAUUAAUUCUGUAAGAUCUCAGCAUGGAGCUCAAGCAUUUAACUGUUCCAGAUAUAUACAACUGCAACAACAAUUAAGCAUUCUUGAAGAAGAAAAUAUGAAAUUGAUGCAAGAAUUAGUUGAGAGUCAAGUAGCUUAUCAAGAUUUGUUAAAACAUACUUUAAAUGACAAAAAAAAUCAAAUGAUGUUAUUACAGAAGAGGAUAUAUCCUAACGAAGUGGAUACGGCAGCUUGUCUCACCGAUAGGCAAUUAAUACCUUCAGUCACCGUGAGUGGCGAAAAUUCUGGAGACGAGGAACUGACAGACUGGUUACGCAGCUUAUCUUUAGACGAAGACAGUAUUAUAAAGUUCAUAGAAGAAGAUUACACAAAAGAUGACGUUCUGAACUUAAUGAGUAGAGAAGAUUUAAGGAGAUUGGGCUUGAAAGGUGGGAUGGAACUGAGGGUGUGGAAAGCCAUUUCUAAUCAUCGCGAAGGAAAGACCUAGCACGAUGCUGCCUUUGUAAUUUUGCCUUACUACUAUCGCUAACGAUAAAGAGUGACACAAAUAGAAAAAAUUAAUUAACCCUUUUCCAAAAAAACAUAAAAAAAAAAGGACGGCGAGGCAGCUCCACGUUCGUUUGCUCAUUACAUUUCUAUGGGACAGACUAUUUCCCACAGAUAAUCGGAAAGGAAGCAUUAUAUAUCCAAAGAGUGUGCGUUUUCCCGGAUGUAAAUUUUAAAAACAGAUUCCGCACCACAUUAUAAUACCAUUUGUUUUAAUAGAGUUUAAUCGCUUGGCAAGAUCUCCAGAUCGAAAUACCAAAGGAACUACUGCCAGAAAAGUUUGAAAAUCCUUAACGAUUAACACAAUUUUUCCACACAAAUUGGAAUUUUGUAAGCUCAAAUAAUAUAUGCAAGCGAUUAGUACAAAAAGUUCACGGUUUUUUUUUUCCUGCUAACUACUUUGCCGGAUGCAAAACAACACCCGAAUCAUUGAAGUGGAGAGAAAACGAGGCAAAUUUCCAGACGUAAUCCAUUUUUAACUUAAAAAUUCAAUUUAAGAACACACACAAGAUCAUUUUGUUUUAGAUUUCUUAGAAUAGUAGUAUUAAUUAAGAGGAAACGAUCAGAACAAAACCUAAUUUUUCGACAUGCAUCCUCUUUUAUAACUUAUAAUUUUAGUAAAUUUGUGCAAAGAAAUAAAAUUUGUCUCGUUUUCUUCUACAAUUCGAGACAGAUAUUUAAUGAAUGCAAUUUUUUUUGGCGAAGAUGUCAAGAAAUCAUAAGUACAAAUACAAUCAAUCGACUUAAAAUUCAUUAAAAAGUAUUUCCAUACUUUGCGUAAGUUUUCUGGAGAAAAUUGGCGAUUUGGACUCACCGUCUCGUGAAGGUACGACAGUCUUGAAAAUUGGUCUUAAGAACGUAAUGAAAUUUUGUCGUUUGCGCCAAAAAUCGGCUCACUCUCCUUCACAAUAUAUACACGCACGUAGUCGAAAUUUGGAGAUUGUAGAUAACGUGUCGGUCAGCCCAACGUUCUAUGCAACAAACGAUGCAAUUGGCUUAAAAGUGUGCUACUUAACCGAUUCCCAUUUAUAUUUUCUACGAAGAAACGUUACCGGGACAAUUAUCGCGAAUUAUACUAAUGCCUAGUGUACAGAUAACGAAUAUCUCUUGUAUUUUGAAUCAAAAUGAUGCGCGUGUAAACCCGAAAUAACAAUAAACGGCUUUGUUUCUUUA